AUGUCUUCAUCUGUCAAGAAACCAAGGGCAAAGCCGUGGGAAUCACAGCCUUUAGAUGCCACAACGGUUAUUGACAAUGCGAUAGUAGGGCCAACCAAAUCGAAUAACAUACGCACUGAAAAUCCCGGUGAGGAUGCGGUGCCAGAAAUACCCCAGCGGCCGGAGACUCUGGGAUCUGACAAUGGGAACAAUGUGCGAAAUGGUUUAGGGAACCAAAACAGCUUCUACGGGCAAAAUGGGGGCUCUAUGAAUGGUGGGUUUGGAGGCUCACCUUACGGUGGUGGUUUGGGCUCGAUUUAUGGAGCCGGAGGAGGAUAUGGAUCCAUGUACGGCGGAGGAUAUAAUUCAAUGUAUGGCGGUGCUGGUGGUGGGUAUGGCUCAAUGAUGGGAGGCUAUGGAACUGGAAACAUGUACGGUAUGGGCGGAAUGGGCGGAAUGGGUGGAAUGAACAAUGGUGGACCGCAGAGUCUGACAGAAUCUACACAGGCGACAUUCCAGCUAAUCGAAAGUCUAAUUGGAGCCGUAGCAGGAUUUGCACAGAUGUUGGAGGCCACCUACAUGGCCACCCAUAACUCCUUUUUCACCAUGGUAUCGAUGGCUGAGCAAAUCUCUUCUUUGAAAGAGAUGCUCGGGUCGAUUUUUGGUAUAUUUGCCGCUAUGAAGAUGCUCAAACGGUUACUCUACAAGGUUAGCAAUGGUAAAUUAGGCUCCGCACCGAGGAAAGCUAUCUCCAGCGGGCCCAAGAGCAAGAUGGCCAAGGACUUUGAAAAGUAUCAAGACUUGGAGCGCGAGAAACGGGGCAAACGCCGGAUAUCCUGGAAACCGCUAGUGAUAUUUUUGGCCGCGGUAUUCGGCUUCCCAUUUCUGCUGCGAAAGUUCAUUGCCAAACUAGCCGAGAUCCAGCAGCGGAAAUUGGGAAACAGUGGGGCGGUCACUAGUGCGCUGCCGCUGGGCUUGGAUCCGAGAAACCUGGAGUUUGCGCGGGCCAUUUUUGAUUUCACGCCCGAAGACCCACAGGUGGAGGUUCUACUCAAGAAGGGCGAUCUCAUGGCGGUUAUCAGCAAGACAGAUGCUCUGGGCCGCGCCAGCGAGUGGUGGAAAGUUCGCACCAAGAAGGGCGAUGUAGGUUACGUGCCUUACAAUUACCUCGAGCUUAUAAGGCGGAAAGCAGCGCCGGCCGCCGCUGCUGUCGAGCAAGCGGAAGACAACGACCAGUAG